UGUUCAGCUCUUCUUCAGAAGACAGACUUUACAUAUUAAGUGGUCUGUUCAUUUAUUCAGAGUUAUUGGCCUUUUGUUGUGUUUUUUGUCCAGACCAUACAGCAUAUAUACUUACUGUUCUACAAUAUCCAUAUUUUGUAUGUAAUUUCUGUUGAAAAAGUGGGUGUUUCAUACUGAUUAUAAAAUUUAUAUCAUGUGUUGUAAUGUACAUGUAUACAGAGUAAUGUCCCUUUGUUGGUUUGAAAGGUAAUUCAAGUCAAAAUUAGUUUUAAUUAUUGAUUAUGAGGGAAUUAAAAACAUUUAUUUUUUGAGAUAUUGACUGUUUGUGUGGGCAUAUAUUGACACUGGUGCUGGACACGGCCAUCAGUUUAAGUUUAAAUAUUGUUGAUUUUUUUUCUGGCUCAUUUCAAAUUUUAAACACCGAAGACAUGUAAAAUUGCAAUAGUUGCUUAUGGUAAUCAGUUAUCUGAUGUUCUUUAACACAGAUGAAUGAAGGAGAACAGGCCUCCCUGCUGACGAUGUUUUCUUUAGAUGGAUUAUCUUUGUCUGUGGUGAGCGAGGCUUAUGAGGAGGUUGCCCUGGUCAGUGUGUCCAGCAUGCCAGCCAUGUGGCAGAUUGAGGUCAAGAACAAACUCAAGGUCCUAGAGGAUGUCACCUUGGUGACCUGGUUAGAGGAUAAAUGGAUCCACGGGCUGUCCCAGGCCAGUCUAGAGGAUCGGAUAGAGGUGGACUUUGCCAACAUGCGGAUGACCAAGCCUUACAUUGGAGAUUUGUGCCGUGUGUGUCCACCUGGGAUGUUGUUCCAGUACAGGAGAUCUGAGCACCAGACAUUCAUACAUGCCAAAGUCCACCAUAUACAG